AUGCCAUCAUAUGCUAAGUUCUUAAAGGAGAUACUUUCAAAUAAGAGGAAGCUUAAUGAUUAUGAGAUAGUGGCUCUCAUACAGGAUUGCAGUGCAAUCUUGCAGAACAAACUACCUCUGAAGUUAAAAGACACUAGGAGCCUCUUAAUGCCCUGCCUCAUUGGCAAUAUGAACAUUAACAAGGCCUUUUGCAAUUUAGGACCAAGUAUUAGUCUGAUGCCGAUAUCUAUCUGUCAAAAGCUGAAUGUUGGAGAACUUAAACUAACAAUGGUUUCUUUACAAUUGGCAAACAGAUCUGUCACAUAUCUAAUAGGAAUUUUGGAGAACAUCCCCAUAAAGUUUGGCAAAUUAUUUAUACCAGUCAACUUUGUCAUUCCAGAAAUGGAGGAGGAUGUUCAAAUUCCAAUAAUCUUAGGAAGACCUUUCUUAGCAAUUGCUAGAAUAAUCAUAGAUGUCAAAAAUGGGUGGUUGACUCUUAAAGUGGGAGAAGAGGAAGUAGAGUUCAACUUAUUUCAUGCCAUGAAACAAAAGCCAGACAUGGACAAGUGUUUAAGGGUUGAUAUAAUUAAUGAGCUAGUCGAAGAGGAAUUCAACUAG